CCGCCUCGCAGAGGUUUAAGCUCUGCCCAAUUGCAGUCCGUGGACUUUGGCUGAGGACUUGAGAGGUAAGGUUGCAUGAUCCAGAGCUCAGCUCCAGACCUGGUCUGCUGGGGGAGACGGGGGCCCCUCAGAAGGGAGCCUCAAGCUUGCUUUCCAGGACACUGCACCGGAAAAUUGAGUCAGGGACCUGCUGGUGGAGAGAAAACGCCACGAGCAGAGUUGCAUUUCUCUGUUUUGUGGAUUUUGUCUGCCGUCAGGUGGUCUGGAGAUUGGGAGGAGCUCUACUCAUUGGAACCUUUCUCUGUGAGACAAAGCAAUACACAGUCUGCAACAUGCCCUCCAUGUUUGAGAGCACCGUCAAGAAAUUGGUCAGAGAGAUUGGAGACAAAGAACUCAGGCCUGUCACAGACGUCCUGAAUGCCAACAAAAUACAUCGGUUUUCUCUAAUAUGGAGAAAGAAGGCUACUUCAAUGUUUUGGCAACUACCUGAUGUUCCACUUGAUGUCUCCCUCAUGGACAUGCUCGAACAAAGUGUCACGGUCCCAGAUGCUCCUUUGGAAGUGCCAGACGAAUUCACUGACAAAGUGGACAGGAAGCAGCACGCGGGUGCGAAUGUGAAUGCUGGGGCAGAAGCGAGCAUCUCGGAGGGGACUACCAAGUACCAAGGAUCCUCCCUCAAUUAUAAGAUCGUCAGCACCCCAUACAAAACCUGGACAGACCUUCAGAAGAGGAAAGUGAUGGACCCAGAACCGCCAUUUCUGAAGCAAUGCCGGAGAACAGCAAAGAAACUGUAUGUGGUGACUGACGUCGUAGAACUGCGUGACAGUUGUGUGAUGGAGGACCGCAGCACUGGGGAUGUCUUGGGGAAAAUGUCCUUCAUUCAUACUUUUCUCAAGGUUAAAGCAGAGGGUGGGGCUCUCAAAGUGAGAGAGAAGAAGCUUACUGUGGCAAAGGGCUCGGUAAUGGCCUAUAAGAGGAAGCAGCUGGUCCUCAAGAAGAACAGCUGGGACAUUCUUCACGUCGCAGACGAUGAAGAGGAAACCUUUCCAAAGGCAGAGACUAACUCUUGGGUGGGGAAUUUAAUUUCUCUUCUAGUCGGCAGAGAAUUUUUCAUCGAACCAAUACGAAGAAUCCAGGAGCCUUUCUUGCUGGAUUUCAAGGACCUACAUGAGGAGGUUUCCCGGAAAGUAAGAGCAGUGGACCAGCUCUCAAAGGACUUCAAGGAUGUCGUGUUCUCCGGCAUCCUGGCCAUGCUGGGGGACCGAGAGGCCCUUCAGGACCUCAUGGACAUGCUUGAACAGGAACCCUUGAAUGGUCAUUUGAAUGGCCCCGGUGGCACCGUCCUAAAUGAACUGCAAAAGGGGUCCAGCUAUGCAUGGAAUGGCUCAAAGUACCUCAUCCUUUACCUGCUCGAAGCCAUUAUGGCACUGAGUGACAUCCAGCACCGUCUGCUGGCCCCAUCCAUGGAGAAGAAGAUCCUGUCCCAGCAGCGGGACCUGGUGAGGAGCAUCCUGGAGCCCAACUUCAAAUACCCCUGGAGCAUUCCCUUCACCCUGAAACCCGAGCUCCUCGAGCCCCUGCAGGGGGAGGGUUUGGCCAUCACCUAUGCCCUGCUGGAUGAGUGUGGCCUGAAGAUGGAGCUGCAUAGCCCCCGGUCAACCUGGGACCUGGGAGCCAAGAAGCCCCUGUCUGCGCUGUAUGGGACCCUCUGUGUGCUGCAGCAGCUGGCCGAGGCCUGAGACCCCAGAGGGCCGGCCAGGGGCCAGUGCACUGAGUCAGCCCACGGAGGCUGCCAGGGGUCCUGGUGCUUUGUUCUGCUGCAAACGCCUCCAGGCUGUUCUCUGCGAGUAUGAGUUUGUGGGGAUUUUCAGAUUCCACACAUAAAUGAUGUCCAGCUUG